AUGGCCACUGUCAUUCCUGGUGAUUUGUCAGAAGUAAGAGAUACCCAGAAAGUCCCUUCAGGGAAGCGUAAACGUGGUGAAACAAAACCGAGAAAAAACUUCCCUUGCCAACUGUGUGACAAAGCAUUUAACAGUGUUGAAAAAUUAAAAGUCCAUUCAUACACUCAUACAGGAGAGAGGCCCUACAAGUGCACACAACAAGACUGCACCAAGGCCUUUGUUUCUAAAUACAAAUUAUUAAGGCAUAUGGCUACACAUUCUCCAGAGAAAACCCACAAGUGUAAUUAUUGUGAGAAAAUGUUUCACCGGAAAGACCACCUAAAAAAUCACCUCCAUACCCACGAUCCCAAUAAAGAAGCCUUCAAGUGUGAAGAAUGUGGAAAAAACUACAAUACCAAGCUUGGGUUUAAACGUCACUUGGCUUUGCAUGCUGCUACAAGUGGAGACCUCACCUGUAAAGUAUGCUUGCAGACUUUUGAAAGCACAGUGGUGCUGUUGGAGCACUUAAAGACCCAUGCAGGCAAAUCUUCCAGUGGUGUUAAGGAGAAAAAGCACCAGUGUGAGCAUUGCGACCGACGCUUUUACACUCGCAAAGACGUCCGCAGACACAUGGUAGUGCACACUGGGAGAAAAGACUUCCUUUGUCAGUAUUGUGCACAAAGGUUUGGACGUAAGGAUCAUCUAACCCGUCAUAUGAAGAAAAGCCACAAUCAAGAACUGCUUAAAGUGAAAACGGAACCUAUGGACCUGUUGGAUCACUUCACCUGCAGUGUUCCUAUUAAAGAUGAGCUGCUUCCUGUGAUGUCCUUAGCUUCCAAUGAGCUGAUAUCAAAGCCAUUCACAAACAGUUUGCAGUUAAACCUCUAUAACACACAAAUUCAGUCCAUGCAGAGCUCUGCAACUACACACCAAAUGGUUGCUCCAACAUUGCCUUUGGGUAUGCCAUGUCCAAUAGAUAUGGAUUCUGUCCAUCCUUCUCAUCAGCUUUCGCUGAAAUACCCACUUAAUUCUACCUCAUAUGCCAUUUCCAUGCCUGAGAAAGAACAACCGUUGAAAGUGGAAAUUGAAAGUUACCUUAUGGAAUUGCAAAGUGGCAUGACGCCUUCCUCUCAAGAGUCCCCUUCAUCUUCUUCGAAGCUAGGUUUGGAUCCUCAAGUUGGGCCAUUAGAUGAUGGUACUGAUGGAGUAUCCCUCUCAAAAAGUUCUGUAUCAAUUAGUGAACCUCUUAACCCAUCUUCAUUGGACUUUAACCAGUUAUUCAACUUCAUACCUUCCAACGGUCCCCCUUACAAUGCACCAGUAUCUGUUGGGAAUUUAGGAAUGGGUUACUCUCAAGAAGAAGCUAACUCAUCAAUGGCACAGCUACCCCCACAACCACAGGAUCCUCAAGAUCCUAGCAAUAACAUGUGUUUUGGUUCUUUACAUGCAUUGUCUUCUGCUUUUACAAGUAAUCUGAAUUCAACCACAACAUUGCCACGAUUUCAUCAAGCUUUCCAGUAG